AUGGCCAAUGAUCACAUCCUCACCCUCUCGUGCCCCGACAAGUCGGGCAUCGUGCACGCCGUGACGGGCAUCUUUGCCUCGCACAAGCACAACAUCCUCGACCUCCAGCAGUUCUCGGACCCCGUCUCGGAGCGCUUCUUCAUGCGCGUCCACUUCGGCCCUACAGAGACCGAGUCGACCGAGCACCUCGUCGAGCCGUUUGACAAGCUCGCCGCCGAGUACAAGAUGGACUACGACAUCCGCCCCGUCGCCCGCAAGAUGCGCGUCCUCAUCAUGGUGUCCAAGAUUGGUCACUGCCUCAAUGACCUGCUCUUCCGCAUGAAGACUGGCCAGCUGCGAAUUGAGGUCCCCGUCAUCGUGUCCAACCACCCCGACUACGCUCCCCUCGCCCAGAGCUACGGCAUCGAGUUCCACCACCUGCCUGUUACAAAGGACACCAAGGCCGAGCAGGAGUCUCAGGUUCUCGAUCUCGUCAAGCAGCACAACAUUGAGCUUGUGGUUCUUGCGCGAUACAUGCAGGUCCUGUCGCCGACUCUCUGCGAAGCCAUGUCGGGCCGCAUCAUCAACAUCCACCACAGCUUCCUGCCAUCCUUCAAGGGAGCCAAGCCUUACCACCAGGCCUACGACCGCGGAGUCAAGAUUAUCGGUGCGACGGCGCACUUUGUCACUGCGGAUCUUGACGAGGGUCCCAUUAUUGAGCAGCGCGUGGCCCGUGUUGACCACAGCAUGAACCCCAAGGAGCUGUCUGAGGAGGGAUCCAACGUAGAGAGCCAGGUUCUUGCUGCUGCUGUGCGGUGGUAUGCCGAGAGGCGACUGUUCCUCAACGGACACAAGACUGUUGUCUUCAACUAG